AUGACCAGGCAACUCGAGCAGGCGCUGCUCUCCCUGAUGCCCACCCACGGCUCCCAUCUGCCCCCCUCGCUCGUCGAGCUGGCAAACUCGCUGCUGGCCCAGUCCCGCCACAGAGCGAGCACCCUCAAGGCCGAGGAGGAAAUCGCCCGUCAGUACGCCUGCGCCAAUAUAGCCUGCGACCGCCUCAAGACGUCGCUGAACCUGCCUCCCAUCGAACCGCGGCCGCCCAUCCCGCCCCGCAUCUACAAGCGCCUGUACGCGCACCUCGACAACAUCCUCCCCAACCCGGACUGCACGCCCCGGCCCGGCAGGCUGCGCGCCGGUCCGCCGCCGACGGAAUCCCCAUCGCGGCCCCUGCCGUCGAGGGGCACGCCGACCAAGGAGGCGAGCCUCGCCGCGUUCCGCACCCCGGCCACGGCUUCCGCCAGGGCCAAGAGGAGCCAGGCGGACGCGUCGAGCGCCCGCGCGCUGCGCCCGUGGGUCCACCCCGUCAUCCGGCACAUGUGCGCGGCGUCCGGGCACACGAAGCUCGCGCCCACGGUCGCCGCCGGCGUGGAGCACCUCGUGCGGCCGGAGGGUCGCCCGGCCGGAGGAGGAGAGGACGCGUGGGUCCUCGGCCAUGUGCCGGAUCUGCUUGCCGCCGUGUACUUCUUCGUCGUCAUGCGGGCCCGGCACAUUGGUUCCGGCGCCGAGAUCGACCGCCAGGGCUACAUGCCGCUUCGGAAGGAGAUCCUGGCUCUGCUCGCCGAGGCUGGGGACAAGGUUGCCGCGCCCGGGGGCGCGGGCGCGGGCGCGGACGCGCUGGAGGGCUGGAAGACCGUCAGGUCGCGCGAUUUCGACGCCGCCGUCGCAAAGGUCACGGAGAACAACUGGCUGCGCGGGGACUGGUACGACGGCAUUGUCGACGUGAUGCGCCCUACUACGGCCAGGGCGGAAGCAGGCUCGGCAGGCGGGCAGGACGACGUGGAGGCGCCGCGGUCGACGCGACGUGCCGAUUCCAUGCUCCAGGAACGAUACGAGUUUCUGAGCGACGCCAAGAGGGCUGAUUACGCGGCGUGGCGCGAGGCGAUGCUGAAUAAAAUAGCGCAGGGGAUUGCGGCUCAGCCGGCAGCGGAGGUGGGCGCUUCAAGGCAGACGUGA